CCCAAAGGACCCCAAUCUUGCUCUCAUUUCCAAAACCCAAAUAUUCUUGAAUUGCUCUGGUAAUUUGAUUGAGAAGAAUCAAUCAUCAAUCAUCAAUAAAUGGGGCAUAGUGCGAAGAAGAAGAAGCGCGGAGGAGGGAGUGGGAAGAGGACCAAAGGUAGGACGCCAUUGAAGGACCACGCCUCCCACGAAAGCGCCGAUGAUAAUGAGCUUCUUUCCGAGGAAAUCACUGCUUUAUGCGCAAUAUUUCAAGAAGACUGCAAAUUUCUGCCUGGCCCACCUCCUCAAGUUUUCAUCAAGCUUAGGCCUUACUCAAAGGACAUGGGUUUUGAGGAUGUAGACGUCUCGGCAGUUCUUCUUGUUAGGUGCCUACCAGGGUAUCCUUAUAAGUGUCCGAAGUUGCAGAUUACUCCAGAGAAAGGUUUAUCAGAAAAUGACGCGGAUAAACUCUUAUCUCUUCUACAUGAUCAGGCAAAUUCUAAUGCUAGAGAAGGACGUGUAAUGAUUUUCAAUUUGGUGGAGGCUGCACAAGAGUUUCUCUCGGAAAUUGUUCCAGUGGGCCAAUCACAGGAACUUGUCUUAUCUUCAAGUAUGGAUAGCGGUAGUAAAUUGCUUUAUCAGGAUAAUGCCAUUUCAACAAGUAAUCUGGGCGGACCUUUUGUGUAUGGUUUCGUUGACCUUUUCAGCGGCUCUGGAGAGUCCUGGAAUUGGGGUUUUGGAUUGGAUGAGAACAGUGUAAUAAAGACUUCAGUUCCUGCCCGUACAGUGGAUGGUCCAAAAACUAAAAAUAAGGUUGAGGAAAAGCACCUUCAGAACUAUGUGGGACCAUUGGUUUUCCAAGAAACAAGAAAAGAUUCAUUACUUUCCCCUAUGACCAAAUUACGUACACUUGAAGAAGAGAGUGAAGAAGGUGAUAAAAACUUAUCUUCUUCUAAUUCAAGUACAUCAUCAGUGGAGAAAUCAGUUGGAAAUAGUAGCACAGGUGGGGAAGAGGAUUUUUCUCUCGUGGAGCAUAUUGAAGAGGAUGAUAAGGGAAGUGAAUGUUCAAACUCGUUGUCCUCUGCAUCCUUGUCUCAUGAACGAGUACCCCAAACUUCUCAAAAGGAUUUGAUUAUGGUUCAUUUGCUUCGCCUUGCUUGCACUUCUAAUGUAGCAUUAUCUAAUGCUAUGCAACAAAUCUCAACCGAACUGUACAAUUUGGGGAUCUUUUCAGAACAGGCUAAGGAGUUAGCUUCUGAAGCAUCUACAGUUUUUAAUAGAACAUUUGAUAAUGCUUUCCGACAAUAUAUGGUUUCAUCAAAAUUAUCCGAGUUUUGGAAAUACACUUCUGAUAUUGAAGGGCCACGUACAUCUCUCCCAAACUCUCGGUAUCUGAAUGACUUUGAGGAAUUACAGUCCCUUGGUCAUGGUGGUUUUGGCCACGUUGUGCUGUGUAAAAACAAAAUAGAUGGAAGACAGUAUGCAGUGAAGAAAAUUCGCCUCAAAGAUAAAAGCCUGCCUCUUAAUGACCGGAUAUUGAGGGAAGUAGCAACACUGUCACGUUUGCAGCAUCAACAUGUUGUCCGGUACUAUCAGGCGUGGUUUGAGACAGGAAUUUCUGGUUCCUAUGGUGACGCCAUUUGGGGGUCAAGGACUGCAGGAGGCUCCAAUUUCAGCUUCACCGGAACAAGCUCAGCAGAUACCAUUGGGCAAGACAACAAGCUUGAAUCAACAUAUCUGUAUAUUCAGAUGGAAUAUUGUCCGCGGACUCUACGCCAGGUUUUUGAUCCAUACAGCCAUUUUGACAAAGAAUUAGCAUGGCAUUUUUUCCGUCAAAUUGUUGAAGGCUUGGCACACAUACAUGGACAAGGAAUCAUCCACCGCGACUUAACACCAAAUAAUAUAUUCUUUGAUGCUCGCAAUGACAUUAAAAUUGGGGAUUUUGGUCUCGCCAAGUUUUUGAAGUUAGAGCAGUUGGAACAAGAUCUGAGUUAUCCUGCAGAGACAACCGGAGUUUCUGUUGAUGGUACUGGUCAAGUUGGUACCUAUUUUUAUACAGCACCUGAAAUUGAGCAAGGAUGGCCAAAGAUUGAUGAAAAGGCUGAUAUGUACAGCUUAGGAAUUGUUUUCUUUGAGCUAUGGCACCCCUUUGGAACUGCAAUGGAAAGACACGUUGUCCUAUCUGAUUUGAAACAGAAAGGAGAGCUGCCAUCUGCGUGGGUUGCUGAAUUUCCAGAACAGGCGUCUUUGUUGCGACGCUUAAUGUCUCCAAGUCCCUCUGACCGUCCUUCUGCUGCAGAGCUCCUGCACCAUGCAUUCCCUCCACGGAUGGAAUCUGAGUUGUUAGACAAUAUUCUACGUACUAUGCAGACUUCGGAGGACUCCAAUAUAUAUGAUAAAGUUGUUAAUGCUAUUUUUGACGAAGAGGUAUUAAGCAUAAAAGAUCAGCAUAAUCAUACUGGUAGAUUUAGGUUGCCAGGAGGUGGUACUUCUGCCAUUCAGUAUGCUGAGUUGGACACUGAGAUUCGUGACUAUGUUACUGAAAUCUCAAAUGAGGUUUUCAGAAAGCAUUGUGCAAGGCAUUUGGAAAUAAUUUCCAUGCGUUUGUCGGAUGAUUGCCCACAGUUCAAUAGGAACACUGUCAAACUUUUGAGCCAUGGAGGAGAUAUGCUUGAACUUUGUCAUGAGCUGCGUUUACCUUUUGUCAGUUGGGUGAUCUACAGUCAGAAAUCUUCAUUCAAAAGAUUCGAAAUUUCAUGCGUUUAUAGAAGAGCAAUUGGGCAUUCACCACCAAAUCGCUAUCUUCAGGGUGAUUUUGAUAUUAUUGGGGGCGCAUCUGCAAUUACCGAGGCAGAGAUUAUCAAGGUUACAAUGGACAUUUUAAUUCAUUUUCUCAAUCCGCAUUGUUGUGAGCUCCAUUUAAAUCAUGGGAAUCUACUGGAAUCAAUAUGGUCUUGGACAGGAGUUAAGGCAGAGCACAGACACAAAGUAGCUGAGCUUCUUUCCAUGAUGGACUCGUUGCGUCCUCAAUCCACUGAACGGAAAUCAAAAUGGGUGGUAAUAAGGCGUCAGCUUUUACAGGAACUUAAUUUACCAGAAGCUGUUGUAAAUAGGUUACAGACUGUUGGUUUAAGAUUCUGUGGGCCUGCAGAUCAGGCACUUCCUAGAUUGAGGGGAGCGCUUCCAUCUGAUAAAGCCACUCGCAAGGCACUUGAUGAGCUUUCAGAUCUCUGUAGCUACUUGAGAGUUUGGAGGAUUGAAAGACAUGUUUAUAUUGAUCCACUGAUGCCACCAACUGAGAUUUAUCAUAGAGAAUUGUUCUUUCAGGUGUACCUGAUGAAGGAAAACCUUUCUGGGACACUUGUUGAUGGUAUAUUGCUUGCUAUUGGAGGUCGCUAUGACUAUUUGCUUCAUCAAAUGUGGGUUCAGGAACAUAAAUCACAUGCUCCAGGAGGUGUAGGGACCAGUCUUGCCUUGGAGACUAUAAUACAACAUUCUCUUGUAGAUCUGAAACCUAUUCGAAAUGACGACAGUGUUAGUAUUCUCGUUUGUUCAAGAGGUGGUGGUGGCCUAUUGGAAGAGUGGAUGGAAUUAGUUGCUGAGCUGUGGGAGGAAAACAUUAAGGCAGAGUUUGUUCCGAAACCCGAUCCAAGCCUUACAGAACAAUAUGAAUAUGCAAGUGAGCAUGAUAUAAAAUGUCUUGUCAUAAUAAGAGACACUGGUGUGGCUCAUAUGGGUUCUGUUAAGCUUCAGGUACGUCAUCUUGAGAUCAAGAAGGAGAAGGAAGUCGAAAGAGAAAACCUUGUCAAGUUUCUGCUUGAUGCAAUGGCUGUACAGUUCAGAAAUCCUUCCAUCUGGAAUUAGAUGUCUCCCAUUGCAACACUUUCCUGUGGUGCAUGACUCAAGAUACUGGGUGAUUUCCUUGUGCAAUCACUCGGGAAAGUGUAGUUUUGAAAUUCUUCCGGUAGUAGAACUUGUUGCCCUGCACUUGAGUCCUUUUGCCGGUUAGAUGUUUCCCAUUUGUAUAGAAAUUAGUCGCUAUUAUGGCCAGUUAGUCAGAAAAUCUUAUUUGUGAUAGAAGUACUCUUUUUUUUUUUUUUUUUUUCAAUGAAAAACAGUUUUGCAGGUUUAGUCUUGUUUAUAUCAUGUUUUCUUUAGCCGCCAGAUUCCUUUGUGAUUCUACAGACUGAAGCUGUAAAUAUGUAAUUUUGGGGUGAAACCGCCGGAUUCUUUUGUAAUUCUACAUAGUGAAGCUGUAAAUACGUAAUUUU